AUACAUUGAAUACAUGUGUGACAUGAUGGCUGAAGAACCCAUUAUUCCUCACAGCAAGCCCAUCCUUGUCAGAUCAAUCAUCAUGACUCCAGUUCCUCUUUUCAGUAAGCAGCGUAAUGGCUGCAGGCCUUUUUGUGAAGUUUAUGUGGGAGAUGAGAGAAUAACCACUACCUCCCAGGAAUAUGACAAAAUGAAGGAGUUUAAGAUUGAAGAUGGGAAAGCAGUAAUUCCACUAGGUGUAACAGUCCAGGGAGAUGUUCUUAUUGUGAUCUAUCAUGCUAGGUCAACACUAGGAGGCCGACUACAAGCCAAGAUGGCUUCAAUGAAGAUGUUUCAGAUUCAGUUCCAUACAGGUUUUGUUCCCCGAAAUGCCACCACAGUGAAAUUUGCCAAGUAUGAUCUGGAUGCUUGUGACAUACAAGAAAAGUAUCCUGAUUUAUUUCAAGUCAAUCUGGAAGUAGAAGUGGAGCCCAGAGAUAGACCUAGCUGUGAACAGCCGCCGUGGGAUAACAUGAAUAUAAAGGGACUGAAUCCCAAGAUCCUUUUCUCCACCCGAGAGGAACAGCAAGAGAUUUUAUCAAAAUUUGGAAAACCAGAGCUGCCUAGACAACCAGGUUCAACUGCACAAUAUGAAGCAGAAGCAUCCCAGCUAGAGCAGUCUUCAGAAAGUGUACCUACUGAGACAGAAUCCCCACACAGCAGUAGUACCGAUGCAAAUAACUUCUUUCAUUCCCUGGACUGGAAAGAAGGAAAAAGUCCGGAAAGUGGAGUAGAGGACAGUUCAUCUAAAAAUGAUCAUGUUCAGCUAUCUGAUGACAGAGAAGAGAGUGUUCCUUCAGAUGAGGAAUUCCCUACGUUUUCAGGCGAAGAAAGUGCAGUAAUUGUUGACGAAAAAGACUCUAUUACUCCAGAAGGAGAGUUGUUCUUUGAAGCCAAUUUUGAAGCUCAAUCUGCACUGUUACAAAAAUCUCUUCCUGAAGAGAAUGUGGACUUACUGGGUCUAGACUCUGAUAUUUCACCAGAACAGAAACAACCUAUCUUGGAAGUAAACUUUUCAUCAAGUAAUACUGACUUGUUGAACAAUCUGUUCGUGGGUAAUGUAUCACAGAUUUCAGAAGAGCCCACUGGAGAUCUUCUUGGACAAGGAACAGAUUUCUUUUUCAGCAGUCAGUCUCAACAUACAGCUGCUACUCAGGUUACAUCUUCGGCAGCAGCUAUGUCUUCAGCUGAUCCUUUUGACCCAUUCAUAAUGUCAUCAAGUUCAGAAAAUCAAGCCCAGUCUAGUCCAGACUUCUUUGGGGACUUUCUCAAUCCAAGCUCAACAUCUGCAACUAGUACAUUUCCUUCCACACAUAGUUCACUUCCUCCUUCUUCCAGCUCAGAUUUCUUAAAUUUAGGGAAUUUAACACCAGAGCCGCCUAAAAUAUCAUCUUCUACAAGCCACCCAGAUCUCCUCAGUGGUUGGGAUUCUUGGGCAGAUUCCUCAGCAACCAGCAAUGUAGCGUCACCACAGCUAAAGCCUCUUUUUGAAGGUCAAGCUUUUACCACAGGGAGCCAGUCCAAUGUGUCUUCAAAUCUGUCUUUCAGCCAGGCUAAAUCUCAGAACUUUGAUCCUUUUGCUGAUCUUGCCAAUCUUGGAUCUGGUCUUCCAGGUUCCUCCAGUGGUGGGCUCUCGAGUAGUGGCUUCGGUCAGAAGACUGUUCCACCUCAGAAGUUGGGAAAUCAGUGGCAGAAAUCCACAAAACCCCAGAGUACUUCAUGGCAGUCCCAGACUAAAUCCAGCACAGCAGCUAAACCCAAUUACACAGUAAACUUCAGUGUUAUUGGUGGACGAGAAGAAAGAGGAAUCAGAACCCCAAGCUUUG